UAUUACCCAACAUUAGGUACCUAUUAAUACUUCGGACCGACUGGAAAGGAAGGGAAGGAGUUGUCAUGAGAACUCGUAGCCUUAUCCUUUACGGAAUUAUAAUCAUACCCUAAACUUAUACUUUGAGGCGCAGGCAGCUUAGAAAGUUCUUCUGGUUUAAUUACACAGAGAUUUGCCCAGAGCCUCGUAUGAAUCCCUCUACACUAUCACCCACUACUUAAAUGAUUUGAAUGGCGGCGACUAUAGAUGAUUCAUCGUCUAAUACCUCAUCCCUUCUUACGAACGCCGACACCAUCUCAUCACACAACUCCACCAUGGCAACAGAUAUAGAUGAUAGCCACGAUAAUGAAGGUUUACCCAACGAUAUUGGAAUAGAGGAAGUGAAUGGAAAAGAUGUAGAUCACGGCAUGACCGAGAAUGAUGGCCAAGAGGAAGAAAACGUAAAGAAGAAAUCCGAUCUCGCCGCUGAACUAUCCGAGGAUGAUAAGAUAAGUGAUGGGAAAUGGAGACGGAUCCUAUAUAACGAAUCCUAUCAUAAUCCCGAGGCACUUCAAGAGAGACGUAAAAAAGCCAACCGAAGGCUAGCACAAUCUCAAUCAUACCUUAACUUAGUGGAAGAUCGCAUACUACACCUCGAAAAGACACUUCGAAAGAUCCUUAAGGAGCCCGAACCACAAUUAGACGAGCAUGCAUCAGUGUCAAUUCCACCAAGUACUGGCGUAAUUAACGAGCUGACCUGGUCAGAGUACGGCGUGAGAGCUGAUCUCGAUCCGAAAGCUAGUUCGAAUACUUGGCAGCACGUGGCAGAGCUUGAUCCAACUCCGAAGCCAGUAAUUGAGGUGCUAAUAGAAGAACCGAGAUAUGAUGUGAUCCGCAAGACUGAGAAGAUCCAACUUCCAGGUCAACCAAACCCCCAAGGGAAAUUACCGGGUCUUGAAAUGCCGAGUCAACAUGACUUUAUACCAAGUGCAGCAAGUAGGGAGAAGCCGGGGACACCUUAUCGUAUCCGAAUUAGAUCACCAAUACUGUUAAAAGUACUCAAAGAAGCGACAGGGCUUGAGACAGUUGUUGGCCAGCACCGGCACAAACUCGUAUUCUUCAAACCAUUCAAGCUCCUAGUUGAGUAUACUGACAAAUUACGGGAUCACCUUCAACAAAUCACUAAUAAAGCUACACCGUCUGGCGGAUAUCAUGGUGUUCCUAACGAGACAGAGACGGAAGAGGCAAAAGCCCAUCUUGGCCUCUUGUGCGACAUGAUACGUAAAUAUUUACAGCCUAAGGUUAAUCUACGACAUCGAUUAAGUCCUAUCGGACAGAUGGUUUAUUUCGAAGAUCUCUGGUACAUAUUCAAAACCGGAGAUGAAGUACGGACGACAGGCAAGAGCCAAGUUCAGCUAUAUCGUAUACUUAAAGUAACAGGUGGACGAGAUAUUUUAAACCCCUGGAUAGAGCCUCCUACCAACCAUGCGUCGAUCAAGUUGAAAGAAGCGGGCUAUUCUACCGGAUCACUCAUCAUAGAGUGCUUCUAUAUGCACUUUGAUGGCAAGCAGUACGGACCUGUCAACCAAACAUUCCAGAUGCCUAAAUUUGAUGGUGCAAGGGAGAUUACAUCGCUCCCGGUCAUCCCUCUCGAAAUUGGAGCUGACAGCAAGCACCUCCGAAAUGAACUGCUGGAAAGGGGGAAGAAAUUUGCAGAACUAUCGAACCCAGCCAAGACGGCGCACAAACUAUACAAGGGCCUAACCCUCGACAAACGUCCAGAGCAGGUUGAGUCCGAGGUUAUUAUUGACUUUCAGCUCUCCUUCGUUGAACAGCCAGAGAACAAGCCCGAGAUAGGAGUCGAGAAUCUUGCGGAUGAUGACCCGCGAGAGCUGAAAGAUAUUCACCCCUAUUGUACGAUGUGUGAUGCGGUAGGGUGCUGUGGAAACGAUGUAAUUUACGACGAUUUUGAAGUUGACGAAAAGGAUCGCAACGAGUUUAGGAACCAAAAACGAUCUAUUCUUAAUUCGACGUGGCUUGUGGACCAACUAACAGACGACCAACUGGUAUUGCUACCCCCCAAGGUCUUUGGCUUCGUUCUCCAUACCAGAAGAUGGGCAACCUUUGAUAUCGAUCUUCUCCGCGAAGUCGAGUACAAGAACGGCUGGAAAAAUCUCGUUAUUGACAACCCAAUCAAGGACACUAUUCUCGCAUUGGUAGAGUAUCACCAAAAGCCCCACAAUCAAGAUCCCCAGGGUGAGGGUAUGCUAUCACCAAUAGACUUGGUUCAAGGAAAAGGCAAGGGCCUCACCAUCCUACUUCAUGGCGAACCCGGCGUUGGCAAGACAAGCACUGCCGAGUGCGUAGCUGAUCAUACCAAGCGGCCGCUCUUCCCAGUCACAUGUGGCGAUAUAGGGGACAAUGCGCAGCUUGUAGAGACGAAUCUCGAGAGGAACUUCCAGCUGGCCCAUAAAUGGGGUUGCGUACUUCUCCUAGACGAAGCUGAUAUAUUUCUGAGUAGACGCACAAACCACGAUAUUACACGCAACGCUAUCGUGUCAGUCUUCUUACGAACAUUGGAGUACUAUAGUGGUAUUCUCUUCCUCACUACUAACAGAGUCGGGACUAUCGACAGAGCAUUCAAAUCUCGUAUACAUCUCUCUCUUUAUUACCCCAAGUUAAAUCGAGAACGAACUUUGCAAAUCUGGGAGAACAACCUGAACAGGCUAGAAGACGAGUUCGAGAGCGAAAAGAGGGAAUUUAAAUUCCCGAAAAAGGAAAUACUUAAGUACGCGGAGAAGCAAUUCAAGAGGUUGAAGAAGUUGCAGCUGCGUCCUUGGAAUGGACGGCAAAUCCGAAAUGCUUUCCAGACCGCUAUCGCCAUUGCCAACUACGAAGCUAGGACUCAGGGGAAGCCUCUGGAAAUUAGAAAAGAACACUUCGCUAAAGUCGCGGAGAGAGCCAUCGAAUUCGACAGCUACCUCAAAGAGCUUAGCUUAGGGAAAGACGACUCCCAACUAGCCCGGGACGGAAUUCUCAGACUGGACAAUUGGCCGGGCUACCCAGUUGUAACACGUCGCGCGGACCCAAUCUACGCGUACGAGAAAAACAACAGCAAGAAGAAAAAGACAGGCAAAAGGCUACAGUCUGAGGAAGGUAGUUCGGAGGACUUCUCUUAUGAGAAUUCUAGCGAUGACGACGACGGUGACGACGACGACGAGGGCGAGAAUGAUGAUGAUAAUGACGACUCUGGGGAUGAUGAUAGUAGUGAUGAGGUUAGAAAACCUAGAAAUAAGUCAAAGAGGAAAAAGAGGACAUCUGAUGAAGAUGAUUCAAGCGAUGAGGAUCUGAAAUCUAAGAAGAAAAAGUCGAAGAAGAGGAAGAGGUGAACUUACACCACCGAACGCUGAGGCUCUUUUGAUGUAAGAUUAUGAUAUAGUGAUGUGGUGAUUUCACUCCUUUGGAUAUAUGUAGGGAUUCAUAGAUAGGUACUUUCGUUGAUUGAAGAACUACACGUACUAACUGCUGGCGACUCGAACAUGAUGCUUUCACCCUGCGUAUCUACCUCCUCUACACAGGGGCGACAUGAAGCUAAUCUGAAAUCGAGGAACUAGAGGUCUAGAAAGUCACUUUUACACAUGCCAUCAUUCUAUCUAAAGAUACCUUACGAAUUACAUACCCCCCAGUACUAUUUCCCAAGAUGGGAUUUUCUCUGCAGAAACACCAUUCCCGAAUCGUAACUAAGUAGCAAAAUGGACAGCUGAUAGCUUGUAAUGGUGUUUCAGCUGAACAUCGGUACCAGAGCCUGGGAUGCGCCUCUGACGAAUGGCAUAGAGGGAUGGAUGUGAUAGGUCAGGGAUUCCGGUGCAGAUUUGGGGGCUGAAUGCUAACGGGGGGUAACAUACAUACAGCG